GUGGAGGCGUGGGUCCUUUUCUCCAGGAGAGACAGGGGAGCUUUGUGCGCUGGCCUCGCAUCUCCGGCUGCGCGCGGCCGGGCCGGGGCCAUGCGAGGACCGCUCCUCUCCACGCUUCUCCUGGCUGCGCUGUCACAGUUCUACCGCAGGGCCCAAGGCACUGGGCUAUUAGACACAGCACCCGAAGGAAGGCCUGGUGAGGUAGCAGAAGUGCACCAUCGUCAACAGUUUUGUCACUGGCCCUGUCAGUGCGCUCACCAGAAGCCCAGCUGCCCUCCUGGAGUGAGCCUGGUGAGGGAUGGCUGUGGAUGCUGUAAAAUCUGUGCCAGGCAACCAGGGGACACCUGCAACGAGGCUGACCUCUGCGACCCCCACAAAGGGCUGUACUGUGACUACUCAGCAGACGGGCCUAGGUACGAGACCGGAGUGUGUGCAUACCUUGUAGCUGUGGGAUGUGAGUUCAACAGGGUACAUUAUCAUAAUGGCCAAGUGUUUCAGCCCAAUCCCCUGUUUAGCUGCCUCUGUGUGAGUGGGGCCAUCGGAUGCACACCUCUGUUCAUACCAAAGCCGGCUGACAGGCACUGCUCUAGGCCUAAAGGUGGAAAGAAGACUGAUCAGUCAAAAUGUGGCCUGGGGUCAUCACAACAGCAGCUGUCAACAAGCUACAAAACAAUGCCAGCUUAUAGGAAUCUCCCACUUAUUUGGAAAAGAAAAUGUCUUGUGCAAGCAACAAAGUGGACCCCUUGCUCCAGAACAUGUGGGAUGGGCAUAUCUAAUAGGGUAACCAAUGAAAACAGCAACUGUGAAAUGAGAAAUGAGAGAAGACUGUGCUACAUUCAGCCUUGCGACAGUAAUAUAUCAAAGACAGUAAAGAUCCCCAAAGGAAAAACAUGCCAACCUACUUUCCAACCUGUCAAAGCUGAAAAAUUUGUCUUUUCCGGAUGCUCAAGCACUCAGAGUUAUAAACCCACUUUCUGUGGGAUAUGCUUGGAUAAAAGAUGCUGUGUCCCUAACAAGUCUAAAAUGAUUACCAUUCAAUUUGAUUGCCCAAAUGAAGGGUCAUUUAAAUGGAAGAUGCUGUGGAUUACAUCUUGUGUAUGUCAGAGAAACUGCAGAGAUCCAGGAGAUAUAUUUUCUGAGCUCAAGAUCCUAUAAAACCAAGCACAUGGGGAAAAAGUUAAGGUUAAUCAUGUCAUUACAUCAAAAUUUAAAAUGGUUUUAAA